AUGAGUGGUAAUAAUAGAAAUGUGGAUAAUUUACCAUGGGUUGAAAAAUAUCGUCCCAAUAAAUUAGAUGAAGUUUAUGGUCAAAAUGAAGUAGUCAGUACAGUUCGUCGAUUUGUUAGUGAAGGUAAAUUACCUCAUCUAUUAUUUUAUGGUCCACCAGGUACUGGUAAAACAUCUACGAUUGUGGCAUUAGCUAGAGAGAUAUAUGGUAACAACUAUAGUAACAUGGUGUUAGAAUUGAAUGCAUCUGAUGAUCGUGGUAUUGAUGUAGUACGUAAUCAAAUUAAAGAAUUUGCCUCUACAAGACAAAUUUUUUCUAAAGGUUUUAAAUUGAUCAUAUUAGAUGAAGCAGAUGCCAUGACUAAUGCAGCACAGAAUGCAUUAAGAAGAAUUAUUGAGAAAUAUACCAAGAAUACAAGAUUCUGUAUACUUGCGAAUUAUGCACAUAAAUUGACCCCUGCUUUACUGAGUAGAUGUACUCGAUUCCGGUUCCAACCAUUACCUAUUGAGUCCAUGAGGCAACGUAUUGAUAAUGUUAUAGUGAAAGAAAAAGUCAAGAUUAGUGAGGAUGCUUUGAAUGCUACGUUGAAAUUAUCCAAGGGGGAUAUGAGAAAAGUUUUAAAUGUGAUACAAGCGUGUCAAGCGGGGCAAAACUCGAAUGAAAAUGAAAUUGAUGAAGAACUUGUAUAUGAAUGUAUUGGGACACCUAAGCCCAAUGAUAUCAAGAUGAUUUUGAAUAGUAUAAUGAAUGAAGAUUGGAAUACUGCGUACUUUACUAUGGAAAGAAUCAAAGUGACCCAAGGGUUGGCGUUAGUGGAUUUAAUUGAAGGUAUUGUAGAAGUAUUAGAAGGGUAUGAAUUGAAAAACGAAGAGACUCGGAUCUCGAUAUUGAGCAGAUUGGGAGAUAUCGAAUAUUCCAUUUCCCAUGGGGGUAACGAACGAGUUCAAAGUAGUGCGGUAAUUGGGGUGAUUAAGAGCAGUUUUGAGUAUGAGAUGGUGUAA